GGAGCCAAGCACUGACUCAGAGAGUAGCAGCUCCGGGUGUGUGUCUCACUGCCUGCCUCUGCUGCCUUCCUGCCUGCCUGCUCUUUCUGCUCCACUCUGCUCUCUUUUUUUUCUUUCCUCCUCAAUCCCCCUUCUCUCUCUCUCUCUCUCUCUCUCUCUGUCCGUCUGUUUCAGAACAACUUGCCCAAAUCCAUUUGCUUCAAUGUAGAGAUGACACAUUAUUUCCUUUUCUUUCUCCCUCUCAUUCUCUGUCUCUCUUUAGUCUGUUCCUCCCACCCAUUUCUCUUUCUCUCGCUCUCUCUCCCUCUCUAACUAUCGUUCUUGCUUCUCCUGAUUUGCAUAGAGGAUAUGAGCACUUUUGUACUUAGAACUGCAACAGUUCCUCUUCAAACCAAAAAAGAGAGAGCAACAAGAGAAAAAAGAAAAAAAAGCAGCACUGAACAACUGGCUAGCAGCACUCGCUGCAAUCAUCUCAGGACACGUACAGGUGCAGACAUCGCUUUACCUUACACCCUCCAGGCCUGCACACCCUGGGCUGGGAUGUUGGGGUCUUAGCAUUGAAGCACAGCGAAUGCUGUACAGGAUGAUGGAGAGCUAGCAGAACUAGAACAACUGGAUUGAAUUCUGAACUUACUCCCUACUUAGAGCAGCAGUCUACAUACUGAAUCCUCCUGUAAUUAGUGCCCUUGUGAUCAACAACACAAGAAACUGGUUUCUAUGGAUACAGCCAAGCAGAAGCAUUUAACAGCUCUUGGUUCUAAAGAUCCCCGGGUGCAGGAGAGUCUGCCUGAGCACAGCAGUAACCUAAUAGACCCGUCUGAACAGCCGGGUCUGUCCACAGUUUAUGUAAAUGCACUUGGAGUUCCCUUGUACCAUCAGCAGCCUCCAAUAUGCAGAAAGAUACCAUCAGUACAGCUUUCUUUCCCUCACUUGGCCACUAGUGUAGGCCAGGGCAGUUUCCCUCCUCAGCUGCCAACCUUGGCAUUAAGUAUUGUCAAUGGGCUGCCUGUUCUUCUCAAUCAGAAGCUGGUCAACAUGCCACCGGCAAGGGCCAAGAAUUCGGGAAAGCAUGUGUGUGUACAUUGUGGCCGGGACUGCCUCAAACCUAGUGUACUAGAGAAACAUCUUAGAUGUCACACUGGAGAGAGACCAUACCCUUGUGCUACUUGUGGAAUUGCAUUUAAAACACAGAGCAAUCUCUACAAACAUAAGCGCACCCAAGCUCAUGCCCGUAUGUCCUGUGAUGCAAACUCUACUGGCAGCAGGGAAGAAUCUCUCAGGACAAGUGAGUCAACCUCAGAAAUCCAUUCUACUGAAGAAUUUAAUGUAAUGAUCCCUGGAAAGAAGGAGGUAGCUCCCCUCAAAGUAGAAAUGGGCUUGACCAAAGAGCUGACUGAGAGGUGCAGAGAUAGGUUAAAUACAGGGAGGGCUCUUCGACAUGCUGCUUUAGUUGGACUCAUAUUGGCUCCCGGUACUAGAGAGGAGGAUGACCCAUCAUCUGAUCAUCAACAAGGUGUCCCAACAAAUGAGGUUUCAGAUCUACAACUUCCCACAAUAGGACCACCACCGAGAAAGGGAAGAAUGAACCAGCUAACACAUCUGCCAAGUCGGCACACUCCACUUCAAAGGCAGGAAGCAACAUAUUUUUCCAAGCAGUGGAACAGCAGGUCCACAAGUGGGAAAUCCCUGAGCCAUGACAGCAUAGAUUCUGGGUAUCUCUCCCACUCUGAAAGUGGAGAACAACAGUCAUGGGUGUGCAGCCCAAACGGUAGUCUUCUGGAGCAGAGUGUAGAAUCCAUUACAGAUAUUUCUUUGGCAGAACAACCUGAAGGAAAAGCUUUGGCAGUAAUGAAAAGUUGUUCUGAGAAGGAGACUAGUGAAGCCAUGAAGACAGCGCCACCAUAUGAGAAAAAUCAGUUGGAAGCCCGUAUCUUAAAGCUGAUUUCUGAUAAUGAUGCACUAGUUGAGGACAAGUGCCUGGAAAAUGUACGUCCUAGAAAGACGCUGCUCUCCAAGCAAGGAAGUAUUGAUCUUCCCAUGCCCUACACCUACAAGGAUUCAUUCCACUUUGACAUGAAGGCCAGUAAAAAGACUUCUGUGAGAUGGAGCUACAGCCCUGGCAUGUCUAAGCAAGGACUAUUCAACUCCGGUCAAUGCUCGACACCUCAGGAUCACUUCCCUCUUACAAGAAGUAGCUCCUUGCCAUUUGUUGGGACCAAUUCAGAUUGGAAUCAGAUGCCUUCCGAUAGUUCAAAUUAUCAAGAUGGAGUUUUAAGACGGAGGGUUAACUCGGGCCUGAGUCACACUGGUGGUGCUAUCAGACAGUCAGGAGAUCUGCAGUCCUCCCACCCACGAUCUCUAGUGAGACAAGGUGCUGUAGAUUGCUGUCAGGUUGUCGAAAGCCUUCAUAAGUCAUUUGCUCCUGAAGAUGGCAGCCAAGGAAGUCUGGGUUCAGAUGGGCCUGAGCCAUGUGAUGUUUCCUGUGAAUCAAGCUGUGGGAAAUCUCGUCGAAAGAAAACACAAAAGUUUUCUUAUAAUAAGUGGUACAUGUAUGGGGAUGGAAUUUUCAAAAAGUUAUAUCAAACAAAGAAAGAAGACAAUCAUAAUGUUAAAGUUGUUGAUGGAGGUGACAAAAUCAUGAAAUGUUCAGGUAAAAGUUCCUUUGAUGCCACAGUCAGUAAAUCUUUUAUGUUACAUGGGCAUGAUAAGUUAGGGUCAACCAGUGAUAGGCCAGCUUCUGAAACACCUGGGCAUUUACUCAAUGGUCCAAGUCAAGAGGUCACCCUAUCACCACAAAUAAAUAGAUUAGAAUCAAAAAAUGUUACAGUCAGUCAUAAUGUGACAGACUUUAAAGUGUCCUUCACCAGCCCAGCGGAAACAAUGGUUACUCACAAGGAAAUCAGGUCUCUGGAUCCAGCACUUGCUGCUAUGGGCCAUAAAUUUUCAAGCAGUCUAACGAAUAAAUGUCAUUCAAAUAAAUAUUUUCAGAAAUCUGAAGAAAACUGCCUUGAAAUCUCACAUAUCCAAGAUGAAGAACAGUGUAGCAGUUUCUUGCCUUCUGCCAUAACCAAUAUCAGACAUGCAUGGUCUUCAGACACGUGUCUCCCUGAAGACUUGGCCCAGAACGACAAAGCUGCAUCUUUGAGGCACCUUCCCUCAGAAAGUAAGAAGCAGAAAACAGACUUUACAGGUGUCACUAGUUCUAAUUUAGCAGAAUGGGACAUCAGGGCUGACAGGAUACCUGAAGAGUCUGCUUGGGCACACUUAAGAGAAACUACAAUUACAUCAUCUUUAAAUACACAAAGUGAGGGAAGAACAGAGUUAACAACAAUUAAGGCAACAGUAGGUCAAUAUGCUGAGAACCCCAUAAAAAGAAAUAGUCUCAGUCUGGGUGUCACAGACCAAAGUGUCUUAAGGAAACCCCAAGAACCUAUGCUUCCAUAUGCACCAGCUCAGGAAAUAUUGACUUCUUCAUGUCAUAAAGUCAAAUUUCAUAAUGAGACCAAGAUAAACUUCCUUCCAGUAUAUCAACUAGAGCUUCCACCUAUUACUAAACAAGUAAGGAACUCAGAUAGCUUGUCGUCAGCAUUCCCAGAAGGCACCUCUUCUUUGAAUUCCUCUGCUGCCUUGCUAUCAAAUCCAUCUUUGGUUUCUUCUGCACAAGAUGAAAGCGGUGAAAAUCAAGCCUCGACCAAUGAUAUCAGCCUUUCUGAAAAGAUGGAAAGCCAGACUCAAGACAUUCCCUGUGUGCAGGAACUCCUUAGGCACAGUCAGGUGACUCCUCAAUGUGAAACUACCCAGCCUGUCAAAACUAUGGAAGAGCAUUCCACUCCGAACAAAUCUUUUGAAUCUUUCACAGAAGAUCUUUCUUCUGUAAGAAAUGACAUGAGCAAUAAAUGUCUACAGCCACAUGAACCUAUUCAGACUGUAUGUGAGUUGACCUUAAAGCAGAAAGAGAGCAGUGCAUGGGGUCAAAGCAAUUCAGCUGAACUCAUUUCUGUGCAGCAAUCUUGUAGUCAGCACACAGCAUCUCAGCAUCAGGGACUUCCAGCACAGAAGGGCAAUGAACAACACAUUUCAAUGUUUAACCCCAAUACCUGCUUGCCUGAGCAGUGGCGCACACAGCCAUCAUCUUCAGCACCGGAAAAUAGUCAUGCUGGACACAAACAAAAGGCUUCUAUUUGUAACCAGACUGUCCCAUUUUACACUGACUAUACUGACUUUCACAUUUUCAGAGGAAGCAACAUUUUACAGCAAAACUGCAAACAAACAUGCCAGGCAAACUUGUGUAGAAAAAUGUCAGGCCAAAUGUCAUCUCUACAGCUUUCAGCCAGAAGCCAACACACAUGUAUGGAGGAGGCUGACUCACCAAGCAGUCCAUCUGUCAAUAAAACAGUUCUUCAAGUUCAAACAUUUACAUCUGCCACUGGUGUCUCUCAACAAACACUUAAGGAGUCAGAGAAAAUGUCUUGUCAAAAGCUGGCCUCUUUAGAAGUGGAGUCACAAUCACCAUUACGUGAAUUUUCGGACAAGUCACACAACCAUCUCCCAUCCCGGGGAGAACCAGAAAAACUCAGAGAAUGUUGUUACAGGCAGCAGAGUCCAUAUAAUAUUCAGGGAUGUGCUGAUCCAAUGAAAUACAGUCUGAUGAGGCAAACAUCUAAUAAGAAUUCAGAAGUCCCCUCAAACUUUUCAUUUGUCCACACUAACUGCAAUGCCGGUGAAAGUAACUUGUCCAAAAAUAAACAGAUUUUAAUAGGUCCUAAUAAUACACAUCAAGUCCAAGAAUAUUCUCCACAGAAGGGUUGCGAACAAACCAUCUCAUGCCAAUCCUUACCGUCUUGUAUUUCAUCAUGCCCUUUUUUGCCUCAGAAGAUCAUAGAUGCCCCAAAUCAAUAUGCAGUCCCAAUUCCUGAAAUGUCAAGGAGUGGACAAGAGAUUCUUUCAUCCAAAACAGGCACAAGGGAACAGCUUUCUAUAGUACUGGGGACAUAUACAUCUCCAAUAACCAACAGGAGUAGACAUACAGAACAAAAUUUUUUAUUCCAUGCAGCAUCAGGAUCAAUCCCCCAAAACACAUAUGAUCGUAUAAAUGAGAAGGAUCCAGCAAAAUCUUACAUCUGCAAAGUAUUGUCAAGAACUACACAACAUUCCAAGGUUAGUCUGCAACAGAGUACCAUAAGUGCAAAUUCUGGAAAGCACCCACUGGCCACCAUAAACAGCUCAGCAUGCCUGAAACAUUUAACUAAUAUUUCUGAUGAAAGCAAAAUCAGCUUGGAAGACUUGAACCAGCACUUCUCUGUUGUUCCUGGGUCUAUUUUAAUUCAGCCCAGGACUGAUUCAGAAAGAGAGCAACUCAGGCACAUUAAUCCUGUUUCCAGUUUCAGUGAAAUGCCUUCAGAAAGCAAUGUACUUGACUCAAAAGGUUGCCACUGUCACUUGACUCCAAGCAGUCCAGCUCUGCAGUUCGAGAAAAAUGAGUCCAAACAAAGAAGUCAGGUGACCAUCCUAAAAGAUGAUGCUAGCCAACCUAAAUCUCCUAGUCAAGAAGAAAAUCAAGUGACCACAACUGAGCCCUUCUCCUCUGGAAGUUCUUUGAUGGAAACUGAGAUACCCAAAGAACAACAUAAAGAAUGCCAGCCUUUUAUUUAUUCUUUCAAGAAGCUAGAAUGGAAAACCAGAACAGAAAGAGUAUUUCCUCCACAUAUGUUACAGGAAACUAAGCAGGAAUCCACACUCAGUGAAGAAGGCCUGGUAAGGCCUACCCAACAAGUUCAAGCUACAACACUAGGAAUAGGCUCUGCUCAGGUAACGACUGAAAGACUAGAGCAGUUCCAGAAUCUGAAGGAAGGUGAAGCUUGUGUUUCAAAAGUGAGUAGCAACCUCCUACAUAAAUCUGAUCCAUGCAGUCCACUGUGGGAUGCUAGCAUAACAACCAUUAGACAGAAGGCUCUAAACAUCGCAACUGUCACAAAGUAUGCUACCCCACCAGCACUGCUACAUGAAUACACGGACAUAACUGAAUAUCCUCCAAUGGGCACCCAUGAGGAGGAACACAGAUACCUGCACAAAGGACCUUCAGGCAUCAAAGAAACAUCACACAUGCUAAACUGCAAUUGUGAGUAUUGUACUGGAUCAUCAAAGGAAGGAAUGACCCACGUGGAAAUCUUGGAGACAAAGUCAAGGACACCCCACUCCCCUACAGCUGUGGACCUUGUCUCUAUUUCUGAGGAGAUCAACUCAAAAGAACUGCAACUUGCCAGCUGGAAAAAGAAGGAUCUUUCCUCAUCUCUUGACUCUAAGAACCCUACAAUUGACUCAUCAGUUACUGGAAGUCCAACCUGUGAACACUCUGUGCCAGCUAGAGUGUCCUGUGAGCAUUUGCCUGGAACAUCAUUGGAGGGAAGUGCCAUCUCAAGCUCAAAAUGUGCUAAUGUAUAUAAAGUGACUAGAUGGGCUGACCAGGUUUCCACCAAAAUACACAGAGACUCUCAUGAUGCCCCUGACUCUUUAAGAAGCAAGCAUUCAGAAAAAGUGGUGCAGGGUAGCAUGACAUUGCCAUUGGGCAGUAGUAAUGAGACUAUAUCAGCAGAUGGUCCCAGUGGCACAGUCCUUCAGAGUGAGGAAGUCAAUUCUUUAAGGAGUGAUCUUCAACCAUCUACCAGGAAUACCACAACCACCAUGAUGGACUUAGAUACAAGUAGCAGUGAUGAUGAGGGCAAGUUAAUUAUCGAACUAUAGAAGCAGCUGUGUUGGCACAGCAGCACUGACACUGAAAUAAUCCAAUAUUUUGGGUGGAUUGGUUUCUGCGAUUAGUAAGCAGCCAAGGGACUCAUAAAUACUCCUUUGGCCUUCUGUACAAAACUGACAUCAGUGCAUACCAUAAUAUGGGAUUUUCAGUUUCCUUUAUUGCCUGCUUUCUGGAUAAGCUUUUGCUUUCACAGAUUAUGUACUUUACUUAUGUCACUGCCUAAAUAAAAUAUUUCAAAUAAAUCAAACAUGGCAAACAA